GAUCAAUAUGAAGAAGGACAUUUGGAAAUUGAACAAGCAUCCCUUGACAAGCCUAUAGAAUCGCAGUUGGCCCAUAUUAGCUAAGCAGCCAUGAUCUGCCCAGUUUUUAAAGCCAGGAUAAUAUUGGACAUCGCUUACUCCAGAAACAUGGGUGGAAGCUGGGCCAGGGAUUGGGAAAAUCUCUUCAGGCAUUAUGAUCCUGGACUUGUUGUGGUGAUGGUAAACUUAGCAGUGGUAAUUUUUUAUUUUCAGACUGAAUUACUCCUUUGUCAUCAGUGCACCAAUAUGUUAGGCUUACUUUCUCUGUUGUAGCCUUCAUCCUUCUGCUUGGUCUUUUUCAUUUUCCUUUCCUUUCCUUAUGCAACUUGUCUGAUCCUUGUUCAUUAAAGGGUAAUGUUAAGAAGGGAUGUAUCUGUUUGUGUUAGAAUUGCCAAAAAAAAAAAAAAAUCAGUUAAAACAUUAAAUUCUGAUACUGUAAAAACUUGAUUUCCCCACAAUAUAAUGGGCACUAGCACUUGCUACUGCAAUUUAUAAAUAAAUUAAAACAAACUUUGACUGCCUUAGAAGGCAAAAGUACUAAUGCAGAGUUUAUAACAGGGGUUUACAGAGGUAAUGAAUUUCUACCAAAAUUUUCUUGAUUCUUAAAGCAAAUUCUGACAGAUCAAAAAAUAUAUCAAAACAAAAAAAUAACUUUGACAUUUCUUUUCAAUUCUUUCAUUGGACUGUUUGUUUUUACCAGUAAAUCCCUGAUUGAGACGUUAUGAAAGUGAUAUUGCACCUAGGAAGUCAUUUUUAUAACCUGUCUUAAUUUGGUCCUUUUGCUAAAGAUUGCAGUCACUGCUUAUUUAUUAUACCAUUGGGCAAUAAGGUAGUAGUGCAUUUUUAUUUUGUUUAACUGGCAGUUUUCGAUAGUAUCUGAAAUAAGACUGUUUACAACUUUGUUCUCUUUUCUCGUGUGAGAUGUUCUUUAUUUAGUUAAAUUUUUUUUAUGUGAUAAUUCUCGAUUAGCUGCUUAUUGUUUAAAAGCAAUAAUAGGAGAUUGGUGAUAAGUAAUUAAACUUCUGAAUUUGUUCUUCAUUUCUUUUUGAAACAAAAAUCAAUCCCACAAAUACAGAGCAACUGGAUUCAAGUGGUUGCUGGUCACUUUGGAAACAGUUUUUUUUCCCUCUGGGACUAAUCCUAGUCAUGGGUGUGGCAUUUACUGCUUUUUUUUUUUACCCCCCAAAUUCAGUUUUGCUAAUAUCUCAGAUUUAGCCUGACAAAACUCAACUUUUAGCCCAAAGGUAUAAUAUAUAUGUGUGUAUAACCCAAAAAAAAACCAAAAAUAAAAAAACAAUUGUUUACACCAGCCUGAGUGAAAUGAUGAGGGAAGUAAACAUUGUGUUUUUUCACUAAAGGUAUGCAACGGAUAAGGUAAGUCCUCUUUUCAGUGGGCUUACAUCACAAUAAACAGCGCAAGUUGUGAUGUAAAACAGCUGUGGUAGUAAAGUGCUUGUCUGCCCCAUUUUGCUUUGUUUGGCUGGUUAUGAGUGGAUUAAAUAUACAUUUUAAAAAAUCUCCAGCAUAGAUCAAUUAGUUGAAAGUCAAUUUUCUUCGCAACUAGUCCUUUUCACAGCUUACUGAUUGCGCAGUCAGUGUUAAAUCCACUCUGGAAAAAUGGGACCUUAGAGCACCAGUUUAAAAGUAAAACUAUUUUUUCCUCAGGGCAACUAACUGUUGCAUUCCUUUUAAUUAUUUUCACCCCUUCAUUUAAUUGUAAAGCAUCUUUUGAAUACAAAGAAAUAUUAAACACGCUGAGUUGCAGUUAUUGAAUUUUCCUGUGUCAUAUUUGAAACUAUCCUCUUCCGAUUUAAACAUGUCAGUUGACAUAUUUAUUACCAGUUUUAAAAGUGUGUGUGGGAAAAUGUCAGUGAACAGUAAGCGUGAAGGGAUUCUUGAUGGAAAGUUAUUUGGGAGUCUUUUUAAAAAGGAAUUUCAGGUGUUUUUUAUUUUAAAUUUCCUGGUGCCGUUGCGUAGAAAUGCUUUGCAUUACUUAUUUAAUUUUGCUUUAGUAAUCUGGAAUCAUCCCCCACUGGAAGGUCAGCCAAGAUUCUUAGUUGGGCUUAAACUGGAGAGGUAGGUUUGGUUGUAAGCUGUGAGAAUGGCUUGUGUUUGGUUCACUGUAGCUUUCUGGUCUCUGCACUCCAAGGCAAGAUCUCUAACCACCCAAACCCAAUGUGUAAAGUGAAAUGUUGGCUUAGCCUUACAUCUCACCUUGAUUAUAUGUUCCUGUUACAGGGAGAACAGAUCCCAUUCCAAUCGUCGUCAAGUAUGAUGUCAUGGGCAUGGGUCGCAUGGAAAUGGAGCUUGAUUAUGCUGAAGAUGCUACCGAACGGCGCCGUGUCCUAGAAGUAGAAAAAGAAGACACGGAAGAACUGAGGCAGAAAUACAAGGAUUAUGUUGACAAAGAGAAGGCCAUUGCCAAAGCAUUGGAAGACCUUAGAGCCAACUUUUACUGUGAACUCUGUGAUAAGCAGUAUCAGAAACACCAGGAAUUUGACAACCAUAUCAACUCCUAUGAUCAUGCACACAAGCAGAGAUUGAAAGAUCUCAAGCAGAGAGAGUUUGCUCGAAAUGUCUCCUCAAGAUCCCGCAAGGAUGAGAAGAAACAGGAGAAAGCCCUACGGCGGCUCCACGAGUUGGCAGAGCAAAGAAAACAAGCUGAAUGUGCACCUGGAAGUGGUCCCAUGUUCAGACCAACCACAGUGGCUGUAGAUGAAGAAGGUGGAGAUGAUGAGAAAGAAGAAUCAGCAACAAACAGUGGCGCAAGUACCACUGCCACUUGUGGCCUGGGAUCUGAAUUCUCCACAGAUAAAGGAGGCCCAUUCACUGCAGUACAAAUCACUAAUACCACUGGGCUGGCACAGGCUCCUGGGCCAGCCUCUCAAGGCAUCAGCUUUGGCAUUAAGAAUAAUCUAGGGACCCCACUGCAAAAAUUGGGAGUGUCAUUUUCCUUUGCCAAGAAGGCUCCUGUCAAACUCGAAUCAAUAGCAUCAGUUUUCAAGGACCACGCAGAGGAAGGGACCUCUGAAGAUGGAACAAAAGCUGAUGAAAAGGGUACAGACCAGGGACUACAGAAGGUGGGAGAUUCUGAUGGUAGCAGUAAUCUUGAUGGUAAAAAAGAGGAUGAAGACCCUCAGGACGGAGGGUCCCUUGCCUCAACAUUAUCUAAGUUGAAAAGAAUGAAGCGAGAAGAAGGAGCUGGGGCUACAGAACCAGAGUAUUACCACUACAUCCCCCCAGCACACUGCAAAGUAAAACCUAAUUUUCCUUUUCUACUCUUUAUGAGAGCCAGUGAACAAAUGGAAGGUGAUACUAGUACACACCCAAAGAAUGCCCUAGACAGCAAAAAAAGUAGUUCUCCCAAGCCUAAAGUCUGCAUCAAGGUGACAGCAAGCCAAGGAACAGAAAAGACAGUUAGUGAAAUCUCCGAACAGCAGAUGGAAACCAGUGCGACUGAGCCCUCAGAGCCUGGAAGCAAAGCUGAGACAAAGAAGCCCUCAGUGGGGGAUGUAAGUGAGCAUAGUUUAGAGAGUCAGAGUCAGAGUCAGAGUCAGAAGGAUUCAGAGAUCCAAAUGCGUGAGUCUGACCCUCCUAAAGAAACUUCUCAGCCUACUCCAGCAGGGAAAGAAAGUCGGGAGGGACCCAAACAUCCAACCGGUCCUUUCUUUCCUGUUUUAAGCAAAGAUGAAAGCACUGCCCUCCAGUGGCCAUCAGAACUGUUAAUUUUCACGAAGGCAGAACCCUCCAUUUCGUACAGUUGUAACCCUUUGUAUUUUGACUUCAAGCUUUCAAGGAACAAAGAUGCCAGAGCAAAAGGGAUGGAAAAGCCGAAGGACAUAGGAGGCUCCUCAAAGGACCAUCUCCAAGGCCUUGAUCCUAGUGAGCUACAUAAAAGCCAGGAGGAGGAAGAGAGUGUUCAACAUUCUUCAGGAGGCAGAAUCGAUGCACCUGCUUCAGGGGCUGCCUGUAGUGGCCUAAAUAAGCAGGAGCCUGGGGGUAGCCAUGGAUCAGAGACAGAAGACACAGGGAGAAGCCUUCCUAGCAAGAAAGAACGAUCUGGGAAGUCCCACCGACACAAAAAGAAAAAGAAGCACAAAAAGUCCAGCAAACAUAAACGGAAACACAGGGCUGACCCAGAAGAGAAAAGCUCUAAGGCAGAAUCUGGGGAGAAGUCUAAGAAGCGCAAGAAGCGAAAACGAAAAAAGAAUAAGUCAUCAGCCCCAGCAGAUUCUGAACGGGGGCCCAAACCAGAACCCCCUGGUAGUGGUAGCCCUGCACCACCAAGAAGACGGCGGCGAGCCCAGGAUGAUUCCCAGCGGAGAUCCCUUCCAGCUGAAGAAGGAAGCAGUGGCAAGAAGGAUGAAGGUGGAGGUAGUGGGAGCACCCAGGAUCAUGGUGGGAGGAAACACAGGGGUGAACCUCCCACGUCAUCCUGCCAACGAAGAGCUAGCACCAAACGGAGCAGCCGAUCCAGCCAUCGAAGUCGACCCAGUAGUGGAGAUGAGGACAGUGAUGACGCGUCAUCACGCCGGCUGCACCAGAAGUCUCCAUCCCAGUACAGUGAGGAGGAGGAGGAAGAGGAGGAAGAGGAAGAGGAGGAGUCAGGCAGUGAGCAUUCCCGAAGCCGCUCACGGUCUGGCCGGCACCAUUCCUCUCGCCAUUCCUCCCGGCGCUCUUACUCCAGUAGCUCAGAUGCUUCUUCAGACCAGAGCUGCUAUAGUAGACAACACAGUUACUCUGAUGACAGCUACAGUGACUAUAGUGACCGGUCACGAAGGCACUCCAAGCGCUCCCACGACUCUGAUGACUCAGACUAUGCCAGCUCCAAGCACCGGUCCAAGCGGCACAAAUAUUCAUCUUCUGAUGAUGACUAUAGCCUCAGUGGCAGCCAGUCCCGAAGCCGAUCUCGGAGUCAUACCAGAGAGCGCUCAAGAUCCAGGGGCCGCAGCCGCAGCAGUAGCUGUAGUCGCAGCCGGAGCAAAAGGAGAAGCCGCAGCACCACCGCCCACAGCUGGCAGCGGAGUCGGAGCUACAGCCGGGACCGCAGCCGCAGCACCCGGAGCCCUUCACAGAGGUCAGGCUCCAGGAAGGGGUCGUGGGGGCACGAGAGCCCCGAAGAGAGGCGUUCUGGUCGUCGAGACUUCAUUCGCUCUAAAAUCUACCGCUCCCAGUCUCCCCACUACUUCCGAUCAGGCCGGGGAGAAGGUCCUGGGGAGAAGAAGAAAGAAGACAGCAGAGGAGAUGAUGGUAAGGGGAUAGGCCCACCCUCCCAGAGCAGCAGCGUUGGCCCAGGAAGAGGGUCAGAAGGUGACUGCAGCCCUGAAGACAAGAACUCUGUCACCGCCAAGCUGCUACUGGAAAAGAUUCAGUCAAGGAAAGUGGAGAGGAAACCCAGUGUGAAUGAGGAGGUGCUGGCCACACCUAAUAAGACCGGGCUCAAGCUCAAGGACCCCCCACAAGGUUAUUUUGGACCCAAGCUCCCCCCUUCUCUUGGCAACAAGCCUGUCCUCCCUCUGAUAGGGAAGCUCCCAGCUACCCGAAAGCCCAACGCCAAGAAAUGUGAAGAGUCUGGCUUAGAAAGGGGAGAAGAGCAAGAACAGUCGGAGACAGAAGAAGGGCCUCCAGGGAAUAGUGAUGCCCCAUUUGGACAUCAGUUCCCCUCAGAGGAAACAGCUGGCCCCUUAUCAGACCCACCCCCAGAAGAGCCAAAGUCUGAAGAAGCUGCUGCUGAUCAUCCUGUGGCUCCGCUAGGCACCCCAGUGCACUCUGACUGCUAUCCUGGGGACCCAUCCAUCUCCCAUAACUACCUCCCUGACCCCAGUGAUGGGGACACCCUUGAAUCCCUGGAUAGUGGCAGUCAGCCAGGCCCUGUGGAGUCCAGCUUGCUGCCUAUAGCAUCAGACCUUGAGCCCUUCCCCGGUUACGCACCGCCCAGUGGGGAACCCAGUAUUGAGUCAGUUGAUGGAGCCGAGGAUGCAUCCCUCGCCCCCCUGGAGAGCCAGCCCAUCACCUUCACUCCCGAGGAGAUGGAGAAGUACAGCAAGCUCCAGCAGGCCGCACAGCAGCACAUCCAGCAGCAGCUUCUGGCCAAGCAGGUGAAGGCCUUCCCCGCUUCGGCUGCCCUGGCCCCAGCCACUCCAGCCUUGCAGCCCAUCCACAUUCAGCAGCCGGCCACGGCCUCUGCCACGUCCAUCACAACUGUGCAGCACGCCAUCCUACAGCAUCAUGCCGCAGCAGCUGCUGCUGCCAUUGGCAUUCACCCCCACCCUCACCCCCAGCCACUAGCCCAAGUGCAUCAUAUCCCCCAGCCCCACCUGACCCCCAUCUCCUUGUCCCACCUCACUCACUCCAUCAUCCCUGGUCAUCCCGCCACCUUUCUGGCUAGCCACCCCAUCCACAUCAUUCCCGCUUCGGCCAUCCAUCCCGGGCCCUUCACCUUCCACCCUGUUCCACACGCUGCCCUCUACCCUACCCUGCUGGCUCCCCGGCCUGCUGCAGCAGCUGCCACUGCCCUACACCUUCACCCACUGCUUCACCCCAUCUUCUCAGGUCAGGACCUGCAGCACCCUCCCAGCCAUGGCACAUGAGUUAGGGGGUAGGAGCCUAGAUGGGGCCAGGGAAGGUGACCCAUGCAUCUUCCUUUGGGGUGUCGAGCCAUUAAUACCAGCAAGUAGAAGCUGGAAUGGGCAGUGUCUGACAGCCAAAGAAUUGAGUUUUGGCUUGCAGGGGUGGUUUUAGAUUUGAGGUUUGCUUUGGGUUUACUAUCAGGGAUUUUUUUCCCUUUUUCCUUUUCUGUUUGUCCCUCCCUCUCCUGUGUUUCUAGGCUGGGAACACAGUAAGUGCUGCCCACCCCUCUUCGGCAACACCCCCAAACUGUUGAGUUUAGAUUCUCCCCUCCUCCCUCUACUUUUUAUCCUCUGCACUUCUGUGUAUAAAUUUUAAAACAUUUUCCUCCUCUCUGGCUGGCGGGUUGUCCAUCCGGUUCUGCCUUCUCAGUGUCUUUGACCUUGGUGACCUUAUUUAUCCCGGGUGAGGUGGAAAGGGAGUCUGACCUGGAACCAGAUGCCACUCAGCCUGUCAUUUGAUCCACUUCCCACACAAACAGAGCCACACAUUUGGCACUGUUGUCCUUGUGUCCCUCAUCCCAGAAGAGACAUCUGCAUAUCCCAGAAAAGAAGAUCGUAUCAUGAAUAGAAGCUGCGGAACAGAGAGGAGCUCAUGUGUCUGAAGGGUGUAUUUUCUUCUGUCAUGUUGAUGUUUCCUUCUUAAUUUAUAGGAUUUUUUUAAUGUAAAAAAUUGCACUGAACUCUAUAAACGUAAAUGCUGCUUUUUGUAGCUCAUAUAAAAAAGGUUCCAUAUUUGUAGUAUACUGCAAUAAUAUUUUUUACAUCCGGCUCUUUAAGUGAUCCUUGUUCUGGUGGCUUUGUGUAAAUAUGUUUGCCCUAGUUGAAUUAAGAAACUUUAAAGGUUAUCAAAUGAAAACAAACAAAAAUAAAGUAUUUGUUUUCUGCUAGAUGCAAAAAUGACUAAGCAUGUAUAUUUUAUCAAGCUCAUGUAUUUUUUGAAGUUAUGAACCAUAAAAUGUUAAAAAGAGGAACAUUGCUUAACAUUUUUUUUUUUUUUUGCUGAGACAUAAUUUGCAGUAAGUGGUGCUGCCAGUACUGGGAGUUUUGAACUAAUGGGCUGCAGUCAGCUAGGAGUGUUGAGGAAUAGUUUUGACAGUCUCCCUUAUGUGGUUUGCAUUUCAUACAGAGAAACUGGUGGGCCCCACAGAGGAGGAGAGAGAUUCAAGAGCUUUAUUCUCUGGAAGCAGUGAGAUUCAAAGUGAUUGUCCUGGGGGAUUCCUGGGUUUCCGCGGCGCCGUCCCAGGCAGUCCAUUUGCCUUCCUAGUACUUAGCCCCCUCUGACAACAAUUUUUAAUGUGCCUUUUGGGUUGGCUAGAAACUGAAGUAGAAGUAAACCGGAGUGUGGCAGAGCUGGGACGGUCUUCCUCCUCCUCUUACUGAGAGGUGAGCACAUUUUUAGAUUCUGCAGAUUUUUUUGCUUCAUGGUUUCCAUGCCUCUACCCAACUUGGUUUAAGCAGUAAAGAUUCCUUUUUUCUUUUCUCCAUGACCCUUAGCAGAGGAAGUACCACCUGAAUUCCUCUUCCUCCUUAUCGUUCACCUGGCUCUCAGUCCUAAUUAAUACAGUGACCCAAAGGUGUUCAUCUUGUAGAUCUCAUCUUCUUUGAUGUAGUUAGAACUUCCCUGUUGGGCAUUUCCCUACCUACUCCUGUGGCUAGAAUUGGUUGGGUGGUCACCUGACAGAAAAAACAAAACCCUAUGUAUGUGGGCCAGGGCUCCGUGUUCUGCCUUUCUUCAGUUUCCAAGACAGAAAGGCUUUGCAUUCAUGUCAAGCAAGUGCUGGGCAAAUGAAGACUCUGUUGAGCCUUCUACCUGUUCAGUGCUCCUCAUCUGAUUCAGAAGCAUCACUUUUUUGAUAAAUAGCACUGGAAAAUGAAAUCAUCUGUUUGUGAAGUGAAGGGGCUCAUUUUUCUUUGCUUUCAGCCCAUGUAAAUAUUUAAAUAAUACAGUAUUAACAUUUUUGUGCUGCUUCCCGUUAGCUUGUAGAUUGAGCCAUACUCUGGCUGCCUCUCUACCUUCCUGGGGGCAGUUUCCUUUAAUUUCCACAAUAGUGAUUUUAAAACUAAAAAAAAGGAAAAACAAAAUAAUCUAUCCUUACUUACAAGCAUAACAGAUUGUAUUUAACUUUAUCACAUAUGAUAGAGACAUAUAUGCUGUAAAAUUAGGGAAAGGAACUUUCUAAUAAACCAAUGAUUUGUGGAAA